GCAGCAAAGCCACUCACUCAAUCACUCCUCACAGAGACGCUCUGACUCACAAGAGAUCGAGAUCCAGUCAUGAAGUUCCUUGUGGUUCUCGCUAUCGCCGUGUUCACUGGAUGUCACGCCAAUAUCCUGUGGCAGGAUGAGCCAAAGACUCAGUUGGAGGUGGUGAGAGAUGCAUUCUGGGAUUACGUUGCCAAGGCGACCCAGACCGCUGAGGACACUCUGGAGAAGGUGAAGCAGUCCAAGCUGGGCCAGGAGCUCAACACCAAAAUCUCGGACAGCGCCAGCACUGCCACCCUGUACGCGGUGGAGCUGCGUGGUAAGAUGACCCCCAUGGCCCAGGAGAUCCUGCACAAGAUGAGCCAGGACACCGAGGUCCUCCGGCAGCAGCUCCUGAGCGACCUGCAGGACCUGAACAGCCAGCUGACUCCGUACGCCGACGAGCUCAACGGCAAGAUCCAGAAGAACAUCAACGAGCUGCGCCAGGCCCUGGGCCAGAACUCGGAGACCCUGCGCCAGAACCUGGCCGUCAGCACCGAGGUGCUGAGGAAGAAGCUGCAGGGGAACGUGGAGGAGCUCCGUGCCCAGCUCAGCCCCUACGCUGCCAAACUCCAAGACAGAAUCAACCAGCGACUGGAGGAGUUCCAGCAGAACAUGGGGCCCCUGACCCAGACCCUGCAGGAGAGGUUGAGCCAGGCUGCCCAGGAGGUGCGGGUGAACCUCACCCCCUACGCCGAGGACCUCCAGCAGAAGCUGAACCCCUACGCAGAGGAUCUGCAGGCUCAGCUCUCCUCUCUGUGGGAUUCCUUUCGCCAGAACUUCAACUAAACCACCCCUCUAAGGACAGAAGAAAUGGCACGCUCCAACUUUAACAUUCCCUGCUCUGCUCUACUGCAAUGGAGCGGAAUGCUCGUGGUGGGGCGUACCAUUCCUCUCACAGGGGCUUUUAAAUUUGAUUCAACUUGAAAUGUCCUGGAUUUGAAACCUACGCUGUAUACUAUAUAGAAAAGGGCGUGUCUAUCUUGCCUAAAAAUGCUGUAAAUUAUUCCUCUAACUUAUAAUAAAAUAAAAAUUCAAAAUGC